CCGACUCCCAACCCAGAAUGCAUUUUGACAACCUCUUUGAAAAAGCGGCGCGGCUCAUGCAAGAUGGCGGAGAUGGACCAGCUGCUGGACGAGAGCUCCUCGGCAGAAGCACUUGUCAGUCUAAAAGAAGGAAGUUUGUCCAACACUCUGAAUGAAAAGAAUGCCUUCCCAAGAGCUCACAACACCAGGGGACGCCAGUCCACCCUCACCAUGGAAACGCCCACCCGGGGCUCCAAGAGGAGUCGGUACGAGGAUGAUUAUGCACCGCAGCGUCCCCCGUCCAGAUCACCGCGAAGGAGCCAGAGGGUCAGCACCACACCACAGAAGUUUUCCAGUGUGGUGACCCCUGACAAGAAGUCAUCGCAGAGAAUAGGAUUGCGAUUAAGAAACCUCCUCAAGCUGCCCAAAGCUCACAAGUGGUGCAUCUACGAAUGGUUCUAUUCCAAUAUCGACAGGCCUCUUUUUGAGGGCGACAAUGAGUUCUGUCUGUGUCUGAAGGAAUCUUUCCCCACCUUGAAAACCAGGAAGUUGACGCGAGUGGAAUGGGGGACCAUCCGGAGACUGAUGGGGAAACCCAGACGGUGCUCGUCGGCGUUCUUUGCCGAGGAGCGGACGGCGCUGCGGCAGAAAAGACAGAAGAUGCGCUUACUGCAGCACAGAAAACUAUCGGACGUGUCUAACUGCAAAGACCUUCCUGAUGAAAUUCCGCUUCCUCUCAUCAUUGGAACCAAAGUCACUGCUCGACUGCGAGGCCAACACGACGGCUUGUUCACGGGGCAGAUCGACGCAGUGGACACUAGCGCGGCCACUUACCGCGUCACCUUUGACCGCAAUGGCCUGGGAACACACAACGUGCCUGACUACGAAGUUCUGAGCAACGAGCCCAACGAGACGAUGCCCAUUUCAGCCUUCGCCCAGAAGCACCGGACGACGCGCUACAUGCAGAACCUAAUGACUCCACCUCGAGGUCCCUACCCGUCCGCCACCACUCCCGUCCUCAUGGACCACCAUGACCCACUCAUCAACCAGUCACCAUGGAGGACCAGUCUGCCCGCUGCAGACGGAGACACCCUCGGAGGGUUUCCUGUCAAGUUCCUGGUCCAAGUGACAAGGUUGUCGAAGAUCCUGAUGAUCAAGAAAGAGCACAUCAAGCACUUGAAAGAAAUGAACACCGAAGCGGAGAAGAUGAAAUCGUACGCCUUGCCCAUUGAGCUGGACUUCCAGAAGCGCUACGCGUCCACUGUGCUCGAGCUGGAGCAGCUCAACAAGGAUCUCAGCAAAGUCCUACAUGAAGUGCAGCAGUUCUGUUGCGAGCUCUCUCCAGACCAGGGUGCGCUUCCCGCCGACCACCCGGCGGACCUGCGACGGCACUGCGAGGACGAGGCCCAGCAGAUGGUGCACCUGAGCGACUCCUCCAAGGACGGCCAGCAGAGCGUGACCAACGGCAGCCUCACGCACCUCGUCUCGCGCCUCACGGCUCUGCUGCUGCAGAUCAAGUGUCUGGCAGACGGCGGAGACCUGAAUUCAUUUGAGUUCAAAUCUCUCACAGAGUCCCUCAAUGACAUCAAAGCAUCCAUCGAUCCCUCUAACCUCAGUUGCUUCCAGAACAACGUCGAGAUCCACGUGGCGCACAUCCAGAGCGGCCUGAGUCAGCUCGGCAACCUGCACGUAUUUUCGGCCAACAACACCAACGCGGUGUGAGCAGGGUUACACAUGUACACCGCUAGUAACCCUCGCGAAAGGACACCUCGAAUCUUCCUUUUAUCACCCUCCGGUUUUAUCUUACGGAAGGAAACACUCAAAUGUAUCUCCACGUUGUUCGCUGGCUCCUCGUGCCAAAAGUUGAUUCUUAGAAUUGUUAUGUAUUUAUUUAUUUCAGAAAAAAAGGUGUUUUGCCCGUUUUGGCUUUGUUCCGAGCGCAGGCUAACGAAUGUUUUAUGAAAUUGUAGAUAUUUGUACAAUAUCUGUGAAAUUAUUCCUACUGUUGGCUUUUUGUAAUUUUUCUGUGCACUCAAAAGAGACUUUGAUAUUUUUUUAAAAGGAGAAUUCUUCAGCAGGGAGUUUAAAAACGCCUUUUACCCCUGGGGAAUCAAAAAAAAAAAAACAAA